AUGUCAAGUAAUAAUUUUAAUAGAGAAGAUAAUAAUAAUAAAAAUAAUAAUAAUAAAAAUAAAAAUGAUGAAAAUAAUAAUAAUAAUGAAGAAAGAAUGGUACCACUACAUCCAAAAAAAAGACAAUUUGAAGACAUUGAUAGUAUUUUCAAUCUUGUAAAUAAUAGUGACAGAGAAUUAAAAAAUAAUGGGAAUGAAGAAAUGAGAAAAAAAUUAAAGUUAUCAAUAGACCAUAUCACUGAUAAUAAGGAGAUAAAAGAUGCAAUUUCUCAAUUCAAACAGAUAACAGAGUUUGAAUUGAAAAAACUCUGUGAUGAUGGUCUUGAUAAAAGAUCUGCUGUAAAUAAAUUGUUUAUUAAAUUACAAUUACCUGAUACUGAUUUAAGUAAAAGUAUUGGUUGUGAAAGUAAUCUUAAUAAUAGUAUUGUAAAUAAUAAUUCAAAUAAUAAUUCAAAUAAUAAUAAUAAUAUUAAUAAUAAUAAUAAUAAUAAUAAUAAUAAUAAUAAUAAUAAUAAUAUUAAUAAUGUAACAAGUAUCUUGAAAAAUAAUAAUAAUAAUAGUAAUGAUUAUGUUUUUAAUGAGGAUGAUACAGAACAAAUCAAUUUGAUUAUGGAAUUUAGUGGUGUGUCUAAAGAAGAAGCGAAACGAAUUUUAACAUUAAAAAAAGAAAUUGUACAUUUAAGAACCAUUGGUUAUAAUCAACAAAAUACUAUUCAAGAGUUAUCAAGAAGAGUUUCAAAUAAUUCAUCAAAUAAUAAUAAUAAUAAUAAUAAUAAUAAUAAUAAUAAUAAUAAUAAUAAUAAUAUUUUUAAUGAUACUAUUAAUAGUAAUAUCAAUAAUAAUAAUAAUAAUAAUAAUAAUAAUAAUAAUAAUAAUAAUAAUAAUAAUAUUCAUAUUCAACAAAUUAAUAAUGAAAAUAUAAAUAAUUUCAGUAAUUUAAAAUUGGAUAAUAGAUUAAAAAGAAAUCUAGAUGACAUACAGCAAUCAUUUGAAUUAGGUUUAAAUAAAAAAAUAAAAACAAAUAGUGACGACGACGACGAAGACGAUGAUGAUGACGAAUCAAAUUAUUUAAAUAAAAAUAAAAAUAAUUUACUAAACAAUCAUAAAACAAUCGAUUCUGAUAGAUCAGAAUCUGAUGAUUUUAAUUUUCAAAAUAGUAAUCAAUAUGUUUAUAACAACAAUAAUAAUAAUAAUAGUGAUGACGAUGAGACACCAAAAACAACAACCACUACUACAACAACAACUACUACAACAACUACAACAUCUUCCAAUAUUUUAAGAGAAUUAAUUAAUAGUCAAGAUUCUGAUGAAUCUGAUGGUGAAUCUCAAAAUGAAACAACUCAUCAACAAGAGUCUGAUGAAGAAAUUGAAAAUAAUGAUGGACAAAAACAAAUAUCCAUGAGUAGAUGGAUUAGAGCUUCUCAAUCAUUUUUCCAAUUCAAUGAAUCAAAUCGUCGUCAGUCAAUUAAAAAUAAAUUUAAUAGUGAUGAUGAAGAUGAUGAGAGUGAAGAUGAUUAUAGUAACAAUAACAAUAACAAUCAUGCCAAUUUUAAUUUCAAUGAUAGAGAGGAAGAUGAUGAGGACGAAAAUGAUUUUGAUAAUUCAGAUUAUGACGAUAACGAUAAUACUCUUAACUCUAAAAAGCUUUACAACAAAAACAACAAAACAAUUAAUGGGUACCAAGAAUCAGAGGAAGAUAUCAUCUAUGGUCAAAAUAAUAAUGAAUAUCAAGAUGAUGAUGAAGAAGAACAAGAAGAACAAGAAGAACAAGAUGAAGAGGAGGAAGAUCAAGACUGUAACUCCAUAUUUAAAGCAGGAGAUAUCUCUUUGGAAAGUUUUGACGAUUACCAAAGAAAUAUAGAUCUAAAGUUAAAAUCUUUUAAAGGAGCAAAGAAAAAUUCUUCAACUUCUCCAAAUCAAUUUAAAAACUUUAGAUUUGAAAAAGUUUAA